AUGGCAUCGAGCAGGCGUUUGGUGGACAGACUGCUGACAGGUGCUUCGCGAGUGCCGUCGCGGCGUAGUACGGCCGAGAGCCAGCUGUGCGGCAUUCUCAACCGUCUGGGCAGUUGUGCGUUCAGCCACGGUCGGAGAGCGACGAGUCGAUUGUCUUGGUCUGCGAGUCAACGGCAGCGGCAAAGACGGGCAUUUAACACACCAGCGACGGCCUCCCCCUUCUCUUCUUCCUCCUCGACGUCCUCCCAGGACCGGAUUCCGCCGUUUGCGUUUGCAUUCGACAUUGACGGUGUUCUGCUGCACGUCAACGAGCCGAUCUCGGGCGCAGCGGCGGCACUCCGAUAUUUGCACCGGCAGAACAUUCCCUUCAUCCUACUGACCAAUGGCGGCGGACGCUACGAGGCCGAUCGCGUGGCAGACCUGCAGCGGCGGCUGGGCCUCGACACCGACCCAAACUGUGGCGGCCCGCUGCCGAUACUGUCGCCGGCCAACUUUGUGCAGUCACAUACGCCUUUCCAAGAGCUGCUGGACGACGCGGCGGGGCUGGACGCGCAAAGCACUGGACGUGGCGGCAGUGGCGGCAGUGGUGGCGGUGGUGGCGGCCUCCGCGACCAGACGAUCCUGGUGACGGGCUCGGAUGCCGCGCGCAUCCGCACGAUUGCCGAACAGUAUGGCUUCCGCAGCGUGGUGACGCCGGCCGAUAUUUUGACGGCGUACCCGGCCAUAUACCCGUUCGAGCCGCUGCUCAAAUCGGUGUACGCCGAGACAGCGCGGCCGCUGCCGAAACCGCUGCUGCCCGAGGGCGGCAAAUUGGCGUCGCAGGCAAAGCCCUUUUCGCUGGCGGACCUCGACGACAGCAAAUACCUGCGCAUUGCCGCGGCUUUUGUCUUCAACGACCCGCGCGACUGGGCCCUCGACAUUCAGCUCCUGACGGACGUGCUGCAGGCGCGGCGCGGCUUCCUGGGCACGUUUGACCCGGCGAGCUUGUCGGCAGAGUCCGUACCCGCCGGGGAAAAGGGCACGCGCCUGUUCUUUUCCAAUGCGGACCUGCUGUGGGCCACCACGUACCACCUGCCACGCUUUGGCCAGGGCGCGUUCGCAGCGGCUGUCGCAGGCGUGUGGACGCAGCUGGCGAGCCCCAAGCAGCCGCCACUGUUGUCGCCCGAGGGCGGGCGUGCGACGCUGCUGGGCAAGCCGCAUGCGGCGACGUACCGGUAUGCAGAACGGACCCUUGUACGGUACCGAACGUCGCUGCUGGAGGCACACGGUGGCAAGGCCGGCACAGGAGCACAGCAAAAAGAAGCGCCGCUGAAGACGGUCUAUAUGGUGGGCGACAACCCGGACAGCGACAUUGCGGGUGCCAACCAGUUCUCUAGUGUGCACGGUACGGACUGGUGCUCGGUGUUGGUAGAGACGGGUGUGUACGACCCGGCGCGUGCGGGAAGCAGUCCUGACUACCUGCGCCACCGUCCACGGGCCAUCACGGGCGACGUGGGUGCGGCGGUCCGGUGGGCGCUGCACAGGGAAGGGUGGCCGGCAGACUUUUAG